CUGACAAAGAAAUACAAAUCGGAUUAGUUUUUUUUUUUUAUGUUGGCACACAAUAAAACCUGAGGACGGAAAAAAGAGGCCUGCGGUCGCAGAAAUCUCCGACCGAACAAAAGAGUUCCUCGGACACAGUGACGCAGAUCUAGGGUUUCGGAUGCAGGUACUUCCGGCCAGUUUCCUCCAGACGCAGCAACACCACCAUCGCUAGGUUUUGGUCAAGAGAAGGAACAUACAAAGAAGGAGAAGUAGACGACGAUGACGUUGAUGAAUAGGACGCUGUACGUCUCUCUCUUGUUCAAAGCCCUCACCUUCAUCCCUCGCCGUCGCCCGGCCGAUGCUGCCGUUUUUCUCUCAACCCAUUCUUAUUCCGCCGCCUCCAGGGCUCCACAAAGCAGCCUCAUGGCCGAAUACCUGGUCAGCUUCUGUGGCUUCGAUCCGGAUGAGGCGGCCAAGGCCUCGAAGCUCCUUGGCCGCAUCGAAUCCCGCCACCAGCCUGACUCCGUCCUUGGCUUAUUUAAAAGCUACGGUUUUGACGACACCCAGGUGAAAAAGGUCAUAUCUGCAAACCCUCGGUGGCUUCUCCUCGACGUGGAGAAGACCCUGGCCCCAAAGUUCCGAGCUUUGCAGGAUCUGGGCUUCUCCUGCUCCGACAUCACCCACCUCGUCAUAUCGAAUAACCACGCCAUCAGCUACAAAUCCCAGACCAUCUUGUCCAAGAUCCAAUUAUGGCAAGGCCUCCUCGGGUCCAACGACUUACUGGUGAAGGUAUGCAAGAAACACAGGUGGCUUCUCGGGUAUAGCAUCGAGAAGACGAUCCAGCCUAACAUUGAAAUUCUAAGGGAUUGCGGGAUCACGGAUCAGAAGCUCUCAAUGAUCCUUCGGUACCGCCCACUCCUCGGAACCCUUAAGGCUGAAACCCUGAAGGCGUUAAUCAGUCGUGUCGAGGGUUUGGGAGUAGCUCGCACCUCAGGGAUGUUCCUCCACACCCUGAGUGCGCUCAAAAGCGUCUCCGAGAAGAACUUCAAGGCUCACUUGGAGUUCUUCGAGGGUUUCGGGUGGUCCAAGGAUGAUUUCCUUGCUGCAUUCAGAAAGUCUCCUUCUCUUGUGGGAUUUUCUUUAAAGAGUUUGCAGAGAAAGAUGGAGUUCUUGGUAAAUGAAACCAGAUGCGCUCCGUCUUAUCUUGCACGGCGGCCACAGAUUUUGUCGAUGAGUUUGGAGAAAAGGUUGAUUCCAAGAUAUCGGAUAUUGACGGUCCUGAAGUCAAGGGGAGUUCACAUCGGUAACCACCAAAUGAUCACAUACAUGUUAUAUCCAGAGAAGAAAUUUCUGGAGAAGUUUGUCAUCCGCCACACUGAGUUUCCAGAACUAAUUGAAUUGUAUAAUGUAGCCCCAAAAAACAGAACUGCUCUUUGAUCCUGCAAGUGCAUAAUGCAUGGUGCAAGGUAUUGUGCCAGCAAGUUGUGUUUCCAGAUGGUCCAUAGCUUGGGAGCUAAGGAUUGAAGAAGUGUUCUGUUCCGGCAAGGAAGUAUAUUAUGCAUUUGGGUUGAAGAAUUCAAAUAUAAGCUUCAAAACUGCCCUCAACGACUUCCUAAGAAAUACUUUUGUCACAAAGAACAUUGGCAUAUGGUGAUUCAUAGAUCUUCAAAAGAAUGUCUAUUUCCAUUGUAUCUCUCUCUCCCUCUCCCUCUCCCUCUCUCUCUCUCUCUCUCUCUCCCCCACCCCAAAACACUGCAUUCAGACAGUUUAAAAUCAGUGGUAAGUGUAACUUGGAAUUAGUUGGUGAAUUAUAUUUAUUUCUGGCAUUGACUAUUUAUUUAUUUGAAAACAGAUAUAAAUGUUUAAGAAAAUGUCUGCUGUUGAUUUUA